GUCUAUCUUCCUUAAUUGGAUGCUAAUUCCUUUUUAAAUUAUUCAUUCAUAGGGAGCAAGCACCUGAAUGGAUUUCCUGAGUCAUCCAUUGAAUAUCAAUGUGGUCAAUCUGUGUCCACUUUCUAAUGCCCAACCCAGGCUGCAUCUCUUACCAUCUCAAACCUAUUUCUUCAACUCAGCAACAUUUACAGCUGAGGAAAACAAAAAAAUUGGGACUCACACUCACUUCAAUCCAAUGCAAUCUCUGUUGUAAUUUGUUGUUUUGUGCUAUGGAUGAACUUUGUUUAAUUAAUGAUUGUUUAAGUAAUAUUUGUUUUAUUUUGUGUUGUAAUAAGCAGUAAAACAGACUUGAGAAA